UUUCGGGGGGUUUUGUUCCAGUGUAGUCCUGUCAGUUGUUAGACUCCUGACCUAGUGGAACUGGCGCGCUGUUUGUCUUUACAGCAGUCACCUGUGACGGGGUUACAGCCGCACUGGCAGCGCCCAAAAGGAGUCUGUGGCUUAGGCAUACAGAUAAGCAGAAGUAGAGCCUGCCAAAUCUAUUGGAUGCCCUGGGCAAGCCCUGCUGCUGAUCACCUCGCCAGCCACAGCAAGGAAAAACAGACUCCGUAACACAUCUAGCAAUUAAGACAUGGCACCGACUAUGGAUAGCAGAGAAAUCUCUAAAAGAAAUAAGAUCAAAGGAAAAAUGAAGACUUGUACUGCGUCAGUAAAGCGGAGUCCCUCCCCUGUGAUGAUUGAGGCAACGACAUCAAUCGGUUUUAAUGAAGUUGCCGUCUACUUUUCUGAAGAGGAAUGGAGGAAUUUAGAAUUAUGGCAAAAAGAGCUGUACAGCAAUGUGAUGAGGGAAAUUCACACUACUCUAAUCUCACUAGGUUAUACUAUUGAUCAUCCUGAUGUUCUUUGCCGAAUUAGAAAAGAUCAAGAUCCAUAUAUAAGUAGCCUGGAAGAAGAAAGGAAAACAUCAUGUUUUCCCUCUACCAGUUCCUCCAUUUUGAGUUCUGACAUCCUGUGCAGGAUCAAACCUGAUGAUGAUUCUUGUAGCACAAAUAAUGAAAGCCUUAUGGGUGAUUGCUCUACCAAAUGUUCUUCGGUUCUUAGUCCAGACAUCUUAUUCAGGAUCAAGUAUAAUGAAGUUCCUAGUUGCUUUGAAGAUGAAAAUGCAACAGAAACUUACCCUAUAUCAGAAGAACCUGUAUCUGCCCAGAAGUUGCCAAACAUGAAGGAAAUCCCUCCUGGUUUUGAAGGCUCUCUGAUGGAAAAUACUACCAUUUCUGUAAAAGAAGAAGACUAUAACAGUGACCAGGAAAAUCGUGAUGAUGAUGGCAAAGAUGAUGAUGAAGAAAGUGCUAAUUCCAAAGCAGGAGACUUAAAUCAGCUGAUCUUCAAUCCAAAUUUAUCUCUCUGGAUAAAACAUGUGGAUGAGCCUUCAGAAUCCCAAGAUCUACAAAAUUCUUGUGUCGGAGUUGAUGAUUCAAUCAGAAAAGAGGGGAAUGGCACAACAGCUUCACUCAAGCUGCCAAUACAGAAAACCUACUUCUCAAACAAGGAAAAUUCUAAUGAGGACAAGUUGCUGUUUGGACAACAAAAUCUUCCUACAGUUAACAGACCAGAAAGCAAUACAAAAGGGGAAGAAAGCCUUCUCUCCAUCGUGCUUAAGAGGGCGAAUGCAGGAAGUCUAUAUCCACCAAAUUACAUCUAUUUUAAUAACUAUAAAUGCUCCGAAUACAUCAAAGGCAUCCCAAGAAUUGCUGAAAAAGAGACGUUUUGCAGUACUAACGUGUCAAGUGUGCAGACAUCAAAAAGUAAUGAAAUUCUUAGCAGUUUUCAGUCGGUGAAGUCUAUGCCCGGAUUCCAACCCAUUGAUGAAGUAGACAAACCCUACAGAUGUAACAUAUGUGAAAAAACUUUCAAAGCCAUAGGUAUUCUUAACGUCCAUAUGAAAACGCACACUUAUGUCAGACCAUAUCAGUGUAAUGAAUGUGGGAAAAGCUUUCGUGACAACUGGAAUUUAAAAGUCCACCAGAAAAUACACACAGGCGAGACGCCGUACAAAUGCACCAUAUGUGAAAAGGGUUUUAUUCAGUAUGCUACUUACAUGAAGCAUCAGCGCAUUCAUACCGGAGAGAAACCAUAUGUCUGCUGUUACUGUGACAAAAGCUUUACAAACAGUUCCAACCUAGUCAGGCACCACCGCACACACACAGGGGAGAAGCCGUACAUCUGUGUAGAAUGUGGCAAAAGCUUCAGUUAUAACACAAGUCUCAUUCAGCACAAACGAGUUCAUAAAGUAGACCCUGUAGAGAGCGGGAAGACAAAUUCUGAGAAGCAAUGAGCCUUGCUUUUGGGGUGUUACGUGGAUGCUGCUCCCCGCCUUAAGACACACUUGCUAAAAUAUGAUUGUUAAUGUAAGAUAUUUGCACAGGUUUCGGUUAAACGUCGCCUUGCUGAGGAUAUUGACUACAUUUCCUUUUAUUGGAAGCUGCUUUAAUAAAUUGAACUGCAGUAACACAAGCCAAUCUCACAACAGUAAUAAGUCAUGUACAGUCAGAUGGCAGUUUAUGGGUAUCAAAAUCAGGGACGUAGCUCUGAAGGACACAGCCCUCAUUGGGCAGUUUAAUCGUUAAUGUCUUAUUCCUAAAAUUUAGAGUGGUCCUAAAAGGAUUUGUGUAUCUUAUCACAAUCCUCACAUCUACAACUAAGAAAUGUGUCUGCAUUUUACUGAUACGCUGCCUCCUACAUGCAUGGAACCACGUAAAAAGAUUAAAUAUAGUUUUGAAAUCGUAAAUAACUGAGUUUGUAACCAUGGGAGUGACUAAAACAGAUGAUACAAGCGGUACUGACGAACAAUACCUGGAUCUUCUAUGAUAUAUCCGUGCUAUUAUGUUGAGUGUGUUGAAUAAAGUGCCAAACUGGA